AUGGUGCUCAAGCGCCCGUCUGCUACCAAGACCAAGGACUGGAAGAACGUGCCGUACGCCAGGGGGAAGAACGCGACGCCUGGCAGGGGCUUGCGCCGCGAGCAAGCAAAGUGGAAGCGCACAGUCCCAGAGCUAUUGGCGGCGUCUGACGUGGAGAUCGUGAACAUCCUGCGGGAGGACAAGCUGCUCGUCGAUUGGACUGGGGCGACCUGUCCCAUCUGCGGGCGCGGCACGCUCGGGGAGUUAGUCGCCCGCCCGCACAAGGGCAACCGCCUCUUGCAUCGAUGCGAUGCGAAGUGCUGCCAGAGGUACGUGUCCCCUGUCUACUUGAACCCCAUCUUCAGCGAGCACUCGCGCGCCGAGAGCUUGCAGAAGCAGGCAGUGCUUCUACGGGCGAAGCUCGCGGGGACCCCCCACGCUAACGCCCACGUCAUGUUCGGCGUCAACCACAAGGCAGUGGAGCGGAUCUGGAGUAACGUUGAGCAGGCGCGGAGGAUGUACGUGGAGGACGUGGAGCCGACCAUUGAAUAUAGUGGGUCGAAAGUGUGGGCAGACGUGGAGGCUGACGAGGCGACCUUCGACAAGCUGGACAUGACCGACGGGCCCGAGCCUCUGGGAGACCCAACUCACCCCGUCAUGUGGGAGCAGUGGUUGGGCAUUGUGCAGCGCGGCAGGCCGCGCACGCUGACACUUACGAGAUUGUGCCCCGAGAUGGCGGAGAAGCGGGCGCCUGGCCCUGGGGCCGUGCGCAAGGUAGAGUGGAAACCCCUGGCGGAGCGCUGGCUGGAAGACCGCGACGUCGUCUUUCACACUGACUCGGCGCGUUCCUACAAAUUACGCGUGCCAGGUGUCAUCCACGACUUCGUUGUCCACCAGAAGAAGUACAAGAAAGUCGGCGGCAAGAGGGUGCUGAUUCCUCCCAGGUAUGUCGAGCUGCAGACGCACGUACUCCCAUCGGGCAAGCACCUCAAAGUCAAGAGCGGCACCCAGAUCAUUGACCGUGCGUGGCGCUUCAUCAAGGACCGCCUGCACAGGAGCGCCACCGCCAAGGCAGGCACCAAGCUGCUCGCCACGAAGAUCCGCUCGGCCCAAUACGACUACUGGCACAAGGACGACGGCAUGUGGGCCGAGACGGGGGAGAUGGUGCAGCACAUCAUGCGCGACGUGCUGGUGGCGUGA